CAACAAUAUAAAUGCCUGAAAUGGUCAAACUCUUCAAACAACCGAAUACUGAGUCGUUCAAAGACCCUUCUGGACAUAUCUGAUACUCACAGAAGCAGGAAAAAACAAUGGCAGAAUCUUCACUAACAUCAGCAAAAGCAAGAAAAACUAGGACACAGAGUUUUGAACAUGCACCUCCAUUCAUGUCAUCCUCCAGUGGUCCACUGACCGAGGAACUUCAGUGCUCUAUAUGUCUGGAUGUGUUUACUGAUCCAGUCACGACUCCAUGUGGACACAACUUCUGCAAGACCUGUCUGAAUAAGUGCUGGGACAACAGUCAGACCUGCAGCUGUCCAUACUGUAAAGAAACAUUCAAGCAAAGGCCUGAUCUUAAGAUUAAUACCACACUACGACAGCUUGUGGAUCACUAUAAAAAGAAAAGUCUUAUGAAAACAACUGAUGUUCUGUGUGACACCUGUGAGGGAAGAAAGUUGAAAGCCCUGAAGUCGUGUCUGGUGUGUCAGAGCUCUUACUGUGAAACUCACCUGGAGCCUCAUUUGAGAGUGACACGAUUGAAGAAACACAAACUGAUGGAUCCUGUCAGUAAUCUGGAGGACUAUAUAUGUCAGAAACAUGAGAAACCUCUGGAUCUGUUCUGUAGAGAUGAUCAGACAUGUGUGUGUUUGAUCUGCUCUGUGACAGACCACAAGAACCACAACACUGUUCCUGUAGAAGAGGAGAGUGAAAAGAAGACUAAACUGAUGAAGACACAGAAAGACGUGCAGCAGAUGAUCCUGAACAGAAUCAAGAAGCUUCAAAAUGUUAAACACUCAGCAGAAGUCAGAAAGAGAAACACAGAGAAGGAGAAAACAGCUCAUGUCAAGUUCUUGACUGAUCUUACCCGCUCCAUUGAGAGAUGUCGGACUGAACUGCUGGAGAAGAUGGAGGAGCAGCAGAAAGCAGCAGAGAAACAGGAGGAAGAGCUGAUUGAAGAGCUGGAGCAGGAGAUCACUGAGCUAAAGAUGAGAAACACUGAGCUGGAGCAGCUUUCACACACUGAAGAUCACCUCCACCUCCUACAGAUUUACUCAUCGCUGUACAGCCCUAAAAACACCAGGAACUGGCCUGAGAUCAGUGUGAAGACUCAUGAGAGUCUGGAGACUCUGAGAAGAGCUCUGACUCAACUGAAGAACACUAUAGAUGAGAAACUCACACAAACUGUCUCUACAGAGCUGAAGUGGAUGCAGCAGUAUGCAGUGGAUGUGACUCUGGAUCCUGAUACAGCUAGUCCAUAUCUCAUCCUGUCUGAUGAUGGAAAACAAGUGAGAGAUGGAGACAUUGAACAGAAACUCUCAGACAAACCAGAGAGAUUUGAUAAAUGUCUCUGUGUCCUGGGAAAGGAGGGAUUCUCCUCAGGGAGAUUUUAUUUUGAGGUGCAGGUGAAGGGAAAAACUGAAUGGGAUUUAGGAGUGGCCAGAGAAUCCAUUAACAGGAAGGGAAAGAUCACACUGAGUCCCAGUAAUGGAUACUGGACUGUGUGGCUGAGGAAUGGAAAUGAAUAUAAAGCCUGUGAUGAUCCUCCUGUCUCUCUGUGUCUGAGAGUGAAUCCGCAGCGGGUCGGUGUGUUUGUGGAUUAUGAGGAGGGUCUGGUCUCCUUUUAUGAUGUGGAGUCCAGCUCUCAUAUCUACUCUUACACUGGUCAGUCUUUCACUGAAAAACUCUAUCCAUAUUUUAGCCCAUCCUUAAACUAUGAAGGUAAAAACUCAAACCCACUGAUCAUCACACCUGUCAAUGAUAAUAAAUGAUUUUAAACUCCUAAUAUGAAAUCUAAUAUUGAAAUAAUGAUUUUUAUAAUUAAGUUAGCUUGAGAAAGAGAACUUACUGAUCUGCUAUUUUCUUCUGAGACUAAACUCUAUCCAUAUUUUAGCCCAUCCUUAAACUAUGAAGGUAAAAACUCAAACCCACUGAUCAUCACACCUGUCAAUGAUAAUAAAUGAUUUUAAACUCCUAAUAUGAAAUCUAAUAUUGAAAUAAUGAUUUUUAUAAUUAAGUUAGCUUGAGAAAGAGAACUUACUGAUCUGCUAUUUUCUUCUGAGACUAAAUCUGUCGACACUAACUCGUCCUAGAGCUUUAACUCUACAAACUCCAAACUCAGCCCAGAUCUUCAGACUGAUCUGAAGUUAGUUGCUGUAUCUUUUCUAACUGAUCGGACUUACGGUUUUCCUAAAAAUGACGAUUAAAAUUGGGAAAAAUCCCAUAGACUUACAUUGACGGAAUGUUCAAAUGAGCAACACUUUUCAAAUUCCAACUGUCAAAACUCCCAGAAUCCUUUGAGACUCAAACUUCCCUUCUAUGUACUGUAUUUCUAAUCCAUUCAAACUCAUUCAAACUCAUCUAUCUAUCUAUCUAUCUAUCUAUCUCUAUCAUCUAACCAUUACUAUCUAUCUAUGCCUAGCAACCAGAAUGCUAGUAACUUCCUAAUCAUGCUAAUAACAUGCUAACAACUUGCUAAUCAUGUUAAAAACAUGCUAGCAAGAUGCUAGUAACUUGCUAAUCAUGCUAGAAACAUGCUAGCAACUUGCUAGUCAUGCUAUAAACAUGCUAGCAACUUUGCUAAUCAUGCUAGAAACAUGCUAGCAACUUGCUAGUCAUGCUAGAAACAUGCUAGCAACAUGCUAGUAACUUGCUAAUCAUGUUUAUAAAAUCGUAAACAUGUUAGGAACAUGUUAGUAAAAUGCUAAUUAUGUUAUCUAUCUAUCCAUCUAUCUAUCUGUCUCUGACAGACUGUAUUGCUUUCAAAACAUUCAAACUUUAACCUUUUAAAACUACUUUAGAAUUCAAACUAUUUCAGACUGAAAACCAUCAAACUUAAAACUUUUUAAACUUUUUAAAACUUCUUAAACUUUAUAAACUUUUCAAACCUUUUAAAACGUUCUGUUCCGGCUUUCUCAAGCCAACUUAAACAUUUUUAUCUAGUUACAAAUCUGAAACCACUGUGCUGCUAGUUUUUUAAUUAGUCAUUUAAUUUUACAUUUUUAAAUUCUAUAUGCUAUAGUUACAUUUUAUUUAAAUAUGUAAUGUAAAUGUAUAAUGCUUGUUGAAUAAAAUAAUUUUGUUCAACUUUUCAUAAUAUUCAUGCCAUUUUUUGUCCGUAUUUUCAUUCAAUAAAAUGAAAUUGGCUGUAAAAUCUUAUCAAAAAACAAACAAAUCUACAGGUAUGGUAACCUUAAUAAAUAGUUCUGUGAUUUUACUGUGAUAAAUUAAAUGGUAAAACUUUGAUAUAUAUCAUAGAACUGUAUGAUUACUGUAUUCAUACACCACAGUAUGUGCUUGGUACUUUAAGGAAGCUAAAAAUACCAUAAUACAAAAAAAAAAAAAAAAAGAAA